AUGGAUACCAACCACAUCUCUCUAGACCGGGCCUUCAUCCUCAAAUUACCCGACGAACUUUUGGAUAUGAUUAUUAGUGCGAUGGCGCCAACUAUCCAUGAACACAGAUAUUUACGCGAGUAUCACCAAGUCUACGAGAUGGCCGUUUUCUCUCUUGUGUGUAAACGCUUUUAUCGCAUUACGGUGCCAUACUUGUACGCAGAGUUAGUGAUCUACACCAGCGUUGAUCAUUGGAGACGGCCGACGCAAAUUUCCAAGCACCUUCAUCGCACCUUCAGGGAAAAUCCAUCUCUUUGGAAACUCUGCCAACACCUCACAGUGAGUUAUGACAGAUCAAACAUCCGUAAUCUCUAUGUUGCAACAGAUUGCAUCACCUGGCUCACUGCGGCCAAAACUGUGACCUUCAGGGAUCUGGAAGGCAAGAAGGCAUGGGAGCUCCUCCAAUUAGCUACCAAACACAUGUCUGGUUGUAAGGCUCUGUUACUCGACGCCAACUACCUCUAUAACCUCCACCUACCAUUUGUGAUAGACGCAUUGGGUGAUUUUGAGUCUGGAUGUCUCCCCAAUCUGCAAACCCUAAGACUGAGAGGCGUUUCUUUUUACGGAGACCAGAUGUGCCAGGCAGAACUUAGGGAAAAAGCAGGAGCGGCCCCAUUCACGAAACUUCAGCUACGCAGUUUUCUCCUAACCCCGAAAUCCCUCGAAGCACUCGUCCGUUGGCCUAAACGUCUAGAAGAAUUUGAGCUGAGAUAUUCCUCUGGGGAUGACUUCGCUACCUCAGGGUUAUAUAGUGAUUGGAGCUUGGCAACGUUGCAACCAAUUCUUUACAUUCACCGAAAAACUCUUCGCACGAUCAAAUUAUACGGCCUUAACAGGGCCGGGUUUGAUGGGUUCAACUUGCGCGAGUUUGAAAACCUAGAGAAACUUAGCCUCUCGUCCGAGUUUUCAGGCCACCAACACUUCCACAGGGACAAAACUUGCGAGCCCCCUGACAGUCUUCUUGCCCCUCGCCUUCGUGUCUUCCACUGGGAUAUGACUCUCCUGGAUCAGCAAUGCUCUGAGAAGUUGUCCGACUUCGCCCAAGCAGAAGAAGAUUGGCUACGACUACUCGCACGCAAGGCAAUUAAACGUGGAUGUCCACUUCAGAGGAUUGAAAUUACAUUUACCCCCGGAGACGACUGCUGCGGCACGAGCGAUGAGGUGUAUCCGUGGGACCGAAUGGAUUCUAUAGGGGCUGAUCUACGUUCACACGGAAUUAAAGUGUCCUAUAACACUCCUUGUGUUAGUAGGGAAGAGUUUUCGACGAAUCUAAAAUAUGCUGCUGAAGACAAUCCAAAGCUGGCUGCCGAAGUGGAACGAAUCGGAAAUAUCUUGCGGGCUAGAACUAUCUUGCCGAUGGCCUGA